UGUAGCUCUUUAGAAAGAAAAUAGCUCCUAUAUGAAACUGCUCACAACAAGGUCUAUGGAUUAUCUUGAAUCACCAGGUCAUGAUUUCUGGAAAGAGACAUUGCUGUUGAGUUUUUCAAACGUAUAUUUUAGCCGAAUGCCAUCUAGUUCCAUUAUAUUGGAGAGAAGGCAGACAUCUCUACAGCUGAUAUCUCCAACACUCAGCAACUCACACCAAAAUAAUCUAGACUGAUAAACAGCACUACAGGUAAGAGGACAAACAUGUAUUUUUGAUUUGGGAGUGAACUGUCCCUUUAAAGCAAUUAGAGUUCGACAUCCUUGAUGAUUGGUAUAAAUUCCAGUAAGAUGAAAAUGUGAAUCUUAUCAAUUUAAACAAUAUGGUUUUCAAAUGGCUUUCUUGAAUCAAGCCACUUAAAACUUCUUGGAUAUAAAACAUGGAAAAAGUGACAGCAUGAGAAGCAGCGAAGAGGAUAAAAGCUCCACCCUGUAACUAUGUGACUGACGAGUGGCCGUAGCUUUCUCCAUCCCUUACAGUAUAUUAUCUGUGUGAGUCAACAGAGUACAUCAGAUAAGGCCAGCGUGUGAGACCAGUCGUACAAAACAUCCAUUGAUUUAUCGAAGCGUAAAGUCCUAAUGGACUAAUACAGAGAGGUUUUUCUCUCCGGGACAUCAGGAAGUUGCUGGAGGAAGUAGUCAACACAUCAUAAAACACACCUCAGUCAGAGCAUCUGUGCCUCCAUUCCUCAAAAGACAAAAUGACCUCAUCAGUGUUCAUUUCCAUUUCAAACAUCACACAGGACUGGGAGGAGUGUAUACGGAAGUGGAACCUAAAUUUGUUUAUCAUCCCUGCUACAGUCAUCACUCUGGCCACCUUGCUGGCAAACCCCAUUCUCCUGACGUGCAUUUUUCUGUCCCGUGCCUUGCGUCAGGAGACACGUUACGUUCUGGUGGCCAACACCCUGACAGCAGACAUCCUCUUCCUCGUCCUCAACCUGACUAUGGUGAUAUGUAAUGCUGCCAAAGCUCGAUUCCACUGGCUGGUGUGUGAGCUGGUCACAGCCGUCACUGUCACCGUCUACUGCUGUGCCAUCCUCACAGUCACCCUCAUGGUGGUCGACACCUACGCUGCGGUUCGCUGGCCUCUCCGUUACCAUGACAUUCUUCCACCAGCCCGCAUCCGCCGCAUUCUGGUGGGGGUGUGGCUGCUGGCAGCCAUGUACCCGUUCACCUUGGUGAUCAUAAUGGAGGUGAAGAGGGUGACUCCUCAUGAGACGGGAGCUGUGUGCCUGGUCCUCAUCUCCCUCGGCUUCAUUGAGGGCCAGAACAGAGAUCAGAUCCACAUCUACUUCUUCAUCACUGCACUCAUCUGUACUAUACUCAUUUUAUACUGCUACAUUCGGCUCUACAUGGUAACAAGGACCCAAGGCAUCUGGCAGAACCGCUUCUCCAGGGCCCGGGUCACGCUGCUGGCUCACGGGGUUCUUCUCUUGCUCUACUUUGUCCCCGGCUUUGUAUUCACUCUGGAGCUCUCCCUGUUUCUGAGGAAAGACAUAAGUCAGGAUGUUCGUGUGUGGAUCAGCACAAUCAAUAUGUGUAUUCUCAUGUUACUGCCCAGAACGUUUGCUCCAUACCUGUAUGGGCUGCGGUACAGGGAGCUCUCUGACACUCUGAUGCAGCUGCUGAAACAGCACAGGAGACUCGGCCAGAUCACAGGUUAAAAGAAGACACUUACAGACUGUCUAUUUAUCAAAAUGUGUCCAAUGGAUUUAUUUGUGAUGCACAUAUUUUCUGUUGUAACUGUAAGGACAGUAACCAGGAUGAGUUCAGAUCCCCCAAGGGCAAUUUUAUUUUGACUAGCCAUCAAAAAGAGUCUAUUUUUCUAUUUCCACAUUUUCUACAUUCAUUUAAAGGUCCCAUAUCAUAAAAAAAAUCUGAUGUCCAUGUCUUCUUUUUAUUAUAGAGCAGGUAUAGGUGCUAUAUAAAUACUGUUAAAGUGUCAAAACGCUCAGUCCACAGAGAAAUGCAUCAAGUCUGUAUUCAGAAACUGUGCCUUUGAAUGAGCUGUCAGGACUUCUGGGAAGUUGUGAUGUGAACACUAACCAAUCAGAGCAAGCCGGGCUGUUUUUAUCAGUGGGGGCUUAAAGAGACAGGUAAUAAAACGGGGCGUUUCAGACAGAGGGUGAAUACAGGUAUAUUCAGGCAGACAGUUUGAGGAAAAUAAAGUGUUUUUUGAGCAUUAAAGCAUGAAAAUAUUUCAAGCAGAAACCAAAAAUGCAGGCAUGAACUUACAAUGAGCAUAAAAUAGGACCUUUAAAAUAUAUUGUUUAUUGGUGUAUAUUGUCUAAAUUCCAUGUCCAAGUAACCCUAAAAUCCGUUUAUUUUAUCUUUCUUUUUUUGGCUUUACAGCAGCAAAUGUAAAAAUAGUGACUCUAAAACACCAUGUGUAAUUUGUGUCUAAAUUUAGAGCGUAAACUCCUCCUCAGCUCGUUAAACUCCCCAUAUUCCCAGAAACAAUACUGAGGACAUACCCCCUGUGUUCCCAGUGGUAGCUACAGCCCUGGUUACUGCCCUGUCCAUGUUUUCCAUUGCGUCACCUCAGCGAGCCUCAUUUGUCAUUCUGCUCUUUUCUUCUAAAUAACACAUAUCAUGGUUACGGUGAAUUGUAAAUUAGUGAUCCAACAC